GGUCGAAUCCUUAAACACUGGAUUAUUUUCGGUUUGGUAUGAUGAUGUAAUCUUGGCACAUCUUUGCUCCAAUGUCGCUCUUUUUCGUACUAUCCAUGCAAUCUCAGAGAGCUGUUAGCGAAACGUGCCGUGGGUAGAAUGACUGGUUAUAUCGCGGCAUUGCCGAUGUACGAUUGGCCAGAGUGCCGAGCUGAAGUUGACGAACAAUGGGUGGCGUUACGGGAGCGUUUACGCGCUGCGGGGAUAGAGGCUCCAGACCGACUUGUCCGGCGGAAUGCAGAUAUGCCUUCUGUCCCAGGAGGUAUUCGCGACUCUGAAGGAGAGAUGAUCGCGCCGGAUCCCGCGACACUUCCUCCAGAUGAAUUAGAUCUGCACACAUUAUGGCGGCACCCCGCUUUGCUGUUCGCACAAACCUGCUGGGGCCCUAUGGUAAAAGGGCUUGCUCAGUAUGCGCAGACCCUCGGCCAGCAGGACUAUUCCGGAGUCGAAGGCGGCGUGGGCCAGCUCUACUCCAGUGCCCUGGUGGCAAGGCGGACCGCUGAAGAUGUGCCAGCUCCCUCAGAUGGAGACAUGAACUUGCCUAUUGAAUUCUUGCGAGGGAAGCGCCUUGCAUACAACGCCAAAGACUCAAUGUCUGGAAAUAUUGGUCUAGGGCUGGACCUAGCCCGACACCAUGAAGACAGAAGCAUUUUCUCGAGCUGCAUAGAAACUGGCGGACACCGCAAUUCCAUUAUCGCCGUUGCAGAGGGGAGGGCAGAUGUUGCAGCUGUCGAUUGCCUAACGUGGCAGCUCGCAAAACGGUAUGAGCCUGAGUCUCAAAACUUGGCUGUUGUGGGAUGGACAGUCUGCCGGAACGGUCUUCCUUACAUUGCGUCCUUCUACUUGCCUGAUGACGUCAAAAGCCAGGUUGCACAGGAAUUGAAGAACUUGAAGUUGGAGCUGAAAGUCUGGGACCAACUUUUGGAGAGGAUACAUUGAGAUAGAUGAACGGAAAGGACUCGUAAUUAGAUAUCUAGAGUGCCAUGGAAAAAGUACAAGAUAGAACUUACUUCGAUACCUCAUAGAAUCAAAUGCUAUGAUAAUAGCCA